UAUACUGCUGUCAGUGGUGCUCGUGGGUCUGUCAGUGUGCAAUAGUGUGUAGGGUUCUGUCAGUACUGUAUGACAGAGUCCUAGUGGUGCUAUGUCCUUCCUAAUACUAUCUGCGGUGCGUCGCAGUACCACGCGUGCCCUGCGAGGUUCCCUAGCUGUGUCCCGAUCCUUGCAUGGCUCGGCGGGCGGCAGAAGCAAAGACCGACCUUCGCUGCUGGUGGCGGCUGGAGCGGCGGUGGUUGCCGGACUCACCGCUGGGUACAGCCACCUGCAGCGGGCAGAGAUGGCGCAGCGCUUAGCGGAGGAGGACGAGGUGAGGAGGCGCUGCGAAAAUUUCUUGGCUCCGCCGGUCACAGCUCUACACGAACUGCAGGCGAAUAGUUGCGACAUGAAAACGAAGAUGGAGCUGCUAAUCAUGGACACCCAGGCUGAGGUUUGCCGGGCACUGGCAGAGGCUGACGGGGGAGCCGACUUCAUUGUAGACAGGUGGCAGCGCGAAGAAGGCGGGGGUGGGAUCAGCUGUGUUCUGCAGGAUGGGAAUGUCUUUGAAAAAGCUGGUGUAAAUGUGUCUGUGGUCCAUGGUUACCUGUCAGAAGAAGCAAUACAGCAGAUGAAGAGUAGGGGGAAAUCCCUCAAAACUAAAGAUGGGAAAUUGCCAUUCUGUGCCAUGGGAGUAAGCUCUGUAAUUCAUCCUAAGAAUCCUCAUGUUCCCACAAUCCAUUUCAACUACCGGUAUUUUGAAAUUGAAGAAGCAGAUGGCAACAAGCAGUGGUGGUUUGGAGGUGGCACAGACCUCACCCCAACAUAUCUGAAUUCAGAUGAUGUGGUACAUUUUCACCAGACCUUGAAAGAAGCAUGUGAUAAACACAGCCCUGGAUUUUAUCCUAAAUAUAAGAAAUGGUGUGAUGACUACUUUUUCAUCAAGCACCGAGGAGAGCGUCGAGGAGUUGGCGGAAUAUUUUUUGAUGAUGUAGAUUCUCCAUCAAGGGAAGAAGUAUUUGCAUUUGUGCAGAGCUGUGCUAAAGCGGUUGUACCCUGUUAUAUCCCUAUAGUGAAAAAGCACAGGGAUGAUUCCUUCACGCCAGAGGAAAAGUUAUGGCAGCAGCUACGGAGGGGGCGAUAUGUUGAAUUUAACCUUGUGUAUGACAGAGGGACAAAAUUUGGCCUUGCAACACCAGGGUCUAGGAUUGAGAGUAUCCUAAUGUCGCUGCCACUAACUGCCAGAUGGGAGUACAUGCACGCACCUCCCCCCAGUUCCAAGGAAGCUGAGAUUCUUGAUGUUUUACGCCAACCCAGAGACUGGGUUCACUAAUUGGGUAAAAAGACUUUGGAUAAAUAAAUACGCACCUGCAUAAUCAAGGAGUCCUGUAAUAAAUUUCGUCCAUUCUGCUGCUGGAAGCAUCUUUUCUAUAUAAGUGCCCUUAGUGUGUUUAUCAACACUCUCUUCUCACUGUGUUUACAAUUAUGAGACUUCAUUUGGGUUCUGAUUAUUCUAAUUGCAGACGAUAAAGCAUUUAUAAUUUGUUUGUUUUUUGUUUUGUUUUUUAUAUUCUUAAAACACAAGAAAAUAAUUUUCUUAUCUUCAAAAGUACUUCUGAUUGGGAGUAAGAAGGAAUUUCAUGGAGCAAAUUUGAACACCAAUGUUAAGUGGACAUCAAGCAUUAGAAAAAAAUAUGAGACAGACCUUCUAUUUAUUGCGAGUGGAUUUAUUUGGGACAAGCUCUUUAAAAUUAUAUUGACUGACUGCUUUUUUUUUUUAGACAUUUGCUACUGUUUACUUUAUUCUUACAGUGUACAAGAAGCCUGUACGUCUCAAUUUGACAUAAGAACUAUCUAGAACAGCAACAAACCCACAUAACCUGUUUUAAAUUAAAAAUGUACUGAUAUAUAAUGUUCACUUUUGGCAAGUUAUAUCUAUAUGUCUACACAGUUAUGUAAAAAAUAAAUAAAAACAAUCACAUUGCCUUCAUUGGAA